AUGGUAUUCUUCCCAUGGCUGCGGGACAAUAAGGCACCACAGAAAGACAAGAAGCCUAAGAAGUCAACUUGGAGGUUCCAUUUGGAUCUCACUCAUCUGGUAGAAAAUGGAAUUUCUGAUUCUGGAAACUUCAAACAGUUUCUCUGGGAGAAGGUUAAAGUCAGUGGGAAAACUGGAAAUUAUGGCUAUGUUGUUCACAUUGAACACAUGAAGAAUAAAAUCACAGUUGUUUCUGAGAAACAGUUCUCUAAAUGGUAUUUGAAAUAUCUUACCAAGAAAUACCUUAAGAAGAAUAAUCUCCGUGAUUGGCUUCGUGUGGUUGCAUCUGACAAGGAGACCUACGAACUCCGCUAUUCCCAGAUUAGUUGGGAUGAAGAUGGGUCAGAGUCUGAAGAUUAG